AUGGCACAGCAACUGAGAAUGCGUCUUUUCUGCCCCAUUUGCAAGACGAUGAAGCAAGACCUCUCCGUCCACCUACGCAGAUCCUGCAUGAGGAACGCGACUGAACAGGAGAUAUCUGCAAGUGCGAAAGCACAGCGGAGAGAAGCCUUUGACAACUGCAAUAACUCAACGAUCGUCCCUUACGUCAACAUUCUUGCAUUGUGCAACAAUGGAGUGAUGACGGAUCUCCAGGUGAUACAGCAAGAAACCAAUCGUCCAAGGAUCGUAUCGGUCAGUGAGAGUGAGAAUGAAGAAGUUGAGAGCAAUACCAUUAAGGAUGCCGCCCAAAGUGAUGCUGAAUGGACCCGCCCCCGGCCUGAUGCACACCACCGUAAUUGGUCCACCGCCGGCCGCAAGAGAAUGCAGGAUAUGGGAAUGCAUAACCGUCACGACAUGGAACACCUGGCUAGAUUCGACGACCACCUUCGGAAUGAAAUAAAGCAACACAACUCCUCACAAACCAUACAGGACAUCGCAAGGGAUAGUGCCUACAAUCAGCUGUGUGUCAUCUACCCACUCAGCCUUGAUGAGAAUCCACCUACAAUGAAGACCUGCAAGGACAUCAACCAGCAAGACGGACAACGAUUCUACAAUCGAUGGAUGCGCAUUCCCAAGAACAACACCAUCACAUCACGCAUUGAAGAAGCGCAUGAAGAAAAAAUGAUGGGAGCAAAAGAAGCUAGAGGCCUACGUACUUGACCACUGGGUACCAUCAUUAGGAAAGCGCGGUAAAAAUGUCGGGGAAGAGGCCCAAUUAAAAAGGCUAGUUAUAAAGCAGAAAUGGCCCGGCUUAACUAUAUUGCUCAUUUG